GCAUAAUCAAUGGUGAGGUGAAUUCCAUAAGAAGAGGCCUAUCCAAUAAGAACUUACACAAGCGACAUAGGAGACGGCGGCAAGAAAACUUUACCUUUGGAGAGUGCACUUUGAACAAUCGGAAUCAGUGUAUAUUGGGCCAGGCCCACGUUGAUGACGUUGAUGACGCUGAGCCUAGUACUGUCGAGAAGCUCAGCAGCCCGAGUGCCCAUGCAGCUCAUGUCUUUCCCACGUCCAAGGAGAUUCCCUUAUGUGUGAUGAGUUGUAACCCUUAGGCAGCCCUAGUUACUAGUAUAAAUGGGCAGCCGAGAGCUUGCUUGUAUGCAAGUUAAAAACCCUUAUAUCAAUAAUAUCAGUAGCCGGAGAGAUUCAAAAGCUCUCCCGUGGAUUAGUCCCGAUUCGUCGGGGAUACCACGUUAAAUCGUGUCUUGUGUUAUUUCGUUAUUCAAAGUUUUACAUGGUAUCAGAGCGAUAAGCUCCAGGUGUUCAUCUUCGUGUCGCUAUGGCCUCCGACGAAGAGUCUUCCAUCACGACGCCGCAAGGGAAAGGGAAGGCCUUCGAUGAUUUACCGCCGUUCUAUCAACUUCACCAAUCCGACGGCCCAGGAAACAUGCUGGUCGGGGAUGUUCUCACCGCAAACAAUUAAGGUGAAUGGGUUUUGGACAUGAAGGAUGCCCUUCUUGCCAUGAACAAGUAUGGUUUCAUCGAUGGUUCAAUCAUCAAGCCCACGAAGUAGUAUUCGAUUUGCUGCCCAUGCCCGUGAGAUUUGGGUUGAUCUGCGUGAUAGGUUUGGGCAAAGUAGCUACUCUCAUGCAUAUGAAUUAAGACGCCUGAUUUCACUACUCCAACAAGAAAAGAAAUAUGUUUCCUCCUUUUACACGAGUUUGAAAUCAUUUUGGGAAGAAGCUGCGGCCAUCUCGCCAACUCCAAGUUGUACGUGUGGUCAUUUUACUUCUGAUGUGUCCCGCCGAGUACGUGAACAGCAAGAGAUAGCUAGACUCUUUGACUUUCUUAUGGGCCUCGAGGACGUGUUUGGUGCCGUUCGUACCCGGGUCUUGGCUACGAAGCCAAUUCCCAAUCUUGGGGAGGCUUUCAAUAUUAUUCUCCAUGCUGAACAACACAAACUUAUCUCACAAAAUCGAAAAUACCAACCUGAAGCUGCCGCGUUUGCCGCACAAGGAGAGUCUGAGAAACCCAGCCAUGGAAGCGGUGAUUGCAGCUCGGGGGAGAGGGAACGCCAUCGUUGUACACAUUGCCAACGUAUUGGUUGGAUUUUAUCUUUGUCUUUUGGUCAUAAUAAUCAGUCGUGUCAUUCAUGUUCACGUGCUAAGCAGUCUAGACUUUCUUUUGAGACAAGUACGAUUAAGACGUCUUCUAGUUUUGAUCUCAUUCACAUUGAUCUCUGGGGUGGUUACAGGAUUGCUUCUCUCAUUGGUGCCCAUUUUUUCUUAACUAUUGUAGAUGAUUUCACUCGCAGUAUUUGGGUAUAUCUGCUACGGUUCAAAUCCGAUGUGGCUCAGUAUCUCUUACAGUUUUUACAAAUGGUGAAGACACAGUUUGGGAAAACUGUUAAACGCAUCCAGGCUGACAACGGCUAUGAGUUUAAUAAUGAACCACUACGUUCUUAUUAUUCUCGCGAGGGUAUUUUACUUCAGACUUCUUGCACCGACACACCACAGCAGAAUGGUGUGGUUGAGCGCAAACAUCAUCAUAUCCUGGAUACCGCUCGCGCCCUCCGUUUUCAGGCCAAUCUUCCACUCCGGUUUAAGAGCGAAUGCAUUCUUACAGCUGUUUAUCUCCUUAAUCGCAUGCCGGCCACUGCUACUGGCAAGUCACCUUUUGAGAUCCUCUUUGGUAAGCCAGCUACUUAUCGUCAUCUGCGUUUUUUCGGUUGUUUGAUUUAUUAUAAGGACACUCAUGACCACCUAGACAAGUUUGGUGAACGAGGAAGAGCCGAAGUUUUUCUUGGCUAUGCCCCUACCAAUAAGGGAUUUCUAGUCUAUGAUUUGGUCUCACGCAAGGUUCUAACAUCUCAUGGUGUUCAAUUCCACGAGAGUUCUUUUCCCUUUCAUCAUGGCAUGCAACGAGAGUUUCAUUGGGUGCCUCGGCCUGUGUUUUCUGCACCUGAUGACGAAGCAUCUUUCUCGGACCCACAUGUCCUCACGUCCGAAGAUGAAAUUCGUCCCUCGCCGACUAUCGAGUCUACCACAUUCUCCCCUAGUGCCGAGUCUGUGUCUCCCAGCUCAAGCACUUCACCAGUCACUGCCCGCAACCACUCGGUUGCCCCUCCUUCUCCUGCUGAAGCCGAUCCCACACCUUCGCCUCCGCAUCUUCGACGAGGUGACCGUGUGCGCGUGAGGCCCAAAUACCUAGAUAAUUACAUCACGCUUGAUGACCACAAGGGAAGUGCUUCCCAUUCAGUUCGAUACCCUCUUUCCUCCUACGUUUCUUAUGAUGGUUUUAAACCAACCUAUUUUGCUUUUCUUGCAGCGCUAACCGGGAUUGAGGAGCCGGCCACGUUUCAACAAGCAUUCCGCGACCCUCGAUGGCGGGCUGCGAUGGGAAAAGAGAUCCAGGCCCUCGUGCAAAACAGUACUUGGAAUCUCGUGGAACUCCCUCCUGGAAAACGAGCCAUCUCGUCAAAAUGGGUUUUUAAAAUCAAAUUCUACCCUGAUGGCAGUAUUGAGCGAUUCAAGGCGCGACUGGUAGCCAAGGGUUAUACCCAGAUUGAAGGCCUUGAUUUCCAUGAUACAUUUGCCCCGGUUGCAAAAUUGGUUAUCGUUCGUUGUCUCAUCGCAGUUGUAGUUAAUCGUGGUUGGCAUCUUCAUCAAUUGGAUGUUAACAACGCCUUCCUCCAUGGUGAGCUUGAGGAGGAGGUUUACAUGACUAUUCCUCAAGGGUUUCGAGCACCUGGUGAUAACCGAGUCUGUAGGCUACGCAAGUCCAUCUAUGGUUUGAAACAGGCUUCUCGCAAUUGGUAUCAGAAAUUCACCUUGGAAAUGCUCGAUUUUGGUUUUCGGUCUUCUCCAGCUGAUGCGUCUUUGUUUAUCUACCAGCGGCGGAGCACUUUUGUCACAGCUCUCAUCUAUGUGGAUGAUGUACUUCUGGCCGGAAAUGAUUUACCAUUCAUUGAUCGUGUUAAACAGUUUCUUGAUGCUCGUUUUAGCAUCAAGGAUCUCGGCCCUCUUCGCUACUUCUUGGGUAUUGAGAUUGCUCGCUUAUCCACUGGUUUCGUCCUCCACCAGCGGAAGUAUGCUCUCGACAUCCUAGAAGACACGGGUGUUCAGGGGUCCCGGCCUAGUUCCUUCCCAGUUGAGCAGAAUCAUCAGUUGACAAAAUCCACUGAUGAUGUGUUACCAGACCCCUCUCUAUACAGACAUUUGGUUGGUCUUCUCUUGUACCUGACCAUCACGCGUCCUGACAUCACUUAUGCUAUUAAUAUCCUCAGCCAGUUUGUUCACGCACCCAGUCAGAUGCAUUUAGAUGCUGCUUUUCGGGUGUUGCGUUAUAUUAAAGGCUCUCCUGGUCAGGGUCUUUUCUUUCCUAUUGAUGCUACCCUUCGUCUCACUGCUUAUUGUGAUGCCGAUUGGGGUGGUUCCCAGCGUACGCGUCGCUCCACGACUGGCUAUUUCAUCACACUUGGCAGUGCUCCCAUUUCUUGGCGAACCAAGAAGCAACGAGUUGUCGCACGAUCCUCGGCCGAAGCAGAAUACAGGGCUAUGGCCAGUACUGUCAGGGAGAUCAUAUGGCUUCGUUGGUUGCUCCAGGAACUUGGUGUACCUCAGUCUGGUCCGACUCCUCUCCAUUGUGAUAACCAGGCGGCCCUUCAUAUUGCCAAUAAUCGGUCUUUCAUGAGCGCACUAAACAUGUGGAAAUGGACUGUCACUUUGUUCGUGAGCGAGUUCAGUCGGGCCAUAUUCUUCCUGUCAAGGUUUCUUCUACUCUUCAACUGGCGGAUCUUCUCACCAAAGGUCUCGGUGCUGAUCGUUUUCGAUUUCUCUUGUCCAAGCUGCACGUUGGGGAUCUUCACGCUCCUGCUUGCGGGGAAGUAUUUGGCCAGGCCCACGUUGAUGACGUUGAUGAUGCUGAGCCUAGUACUGACGAGAAGCUCAGCAGCCCGAGUGCCCAUGCAGCUCAUGUCUUUCCCACGUCCAAGGAGAUUCCCUUAUGUGUGAUGAGUUGUAACCCUAAGGCAGCCCUAGUUACUAGUAUAAAUGGGCAGCCGAGACCUUGCUUGUAUGCAAGUUAAAAACCCUUAUAUCAAUAAUAUUAGUAGCCGGAGAGAUUCAAAAGCUCUCCCGUGGAUUAGUCCCGAUUCGUCGGGGAUACCACGUUAAAUCGUGUAUUGUGUUAUUUCGUUAUUCAAAGUUUUACAGUGUAAAAAGCUGCUAUAGGCGGCGGGGUUGCUCUAAGUGAACCGGAGAUCAAUCAAUCAGCGACAGUAAUCAAUCCUCUGGCUUCUUUUGCAUGAGGGAGACAACUGUUUGAAAAUCCAAGUAGUGGAAUCGAUCUAUGGCAGGCAAGGAGACUGUUGUGGACGAUAUAGUAGUUUCUUCUUGACCUGGUGUGAAGGAGAUGAAGACUGGUCGGAUUCACAACGUGUAGCUUUAACGAGGCAUCGGUCCUUUCAGACUAAAUGAAAGGCAAGUCCAGUGCACUCGUCAUUCCCCUGCGGUAUAACGGAGUGGGGUUGGUGCAGAGGAGAUGGGCACUCGUCGGAGCACGGCGAUGAGCUUUGCGAGGUGACGGUCCAAGCUAAAUGCAUUGCUGGCCAGUUGGCCCCGAUUGAAUUGAUAAGGUCAUUUUGGCCCGUGCAGAUGACGAAAGAGAAAAAAUAACAUUGCCCAUACUACCCCUCCGACAAACGCUCCCGGAACAGGAAAUUUGAAAUGGAGAACUCAGUUUUCCCAUUUUGCUUUUAUAUAUUGUGCAGAAACACUAAACAAAGUGCUAUGUUCUGCCCAGGGGUGGGCAUCAGUAUGGUCCGGACAAGAUCGAACCAAAUUCAGGAGAACCGAGGUUCAAUAGUGAAAGGUAUAUUAGGACUAAGUAUCAGACCAAUAAUGCAUCCGAUCCACUUUGAUUCGGUCUAAAUAUCAAUUCGAUCCAUUUUUCUUUAGUUUUAAUAAAAUUAAUUAGACCAAGGAAUGAACCAUAUUAUAUUCAAUUAAGUGUGGUCCGGUCCAAACAUCGGUUUGGUCCGAUGUGGUUCGGUAUGGACCAACUUAUUGCCCACCCCUACUCUCUGAAGGGGAAACCCAAGCAACGGCGGACAGAUUGCAGCUCCCGAAAACCGUAACGCCACUACUCCAUCAUUGGAUCAUGAAACCCUGGUGGUCGGAGAAACCAUAAAUUUACCAGAAAAUCCGCCCCAAUCUUGAGAAACGGAUUGCAAUAUUGCGAUCCUAUACGACUUCUCAAAAAAAUCAUGAAAACCUCAACACGAAAUCUUACCAUUAAAUGAAUUAUAAUACCAUAACAUAAACCAAGUAAUUCGAUAAUUAUAUACGAUAAAAUAAAUCAAUUCAU